CUGGUGUGAGCGCAAAUUGUCUGCCAAUAACGGAUUGUGGCGGAGGACGAAGACGAAGAAUCCUGAGCGAGCUGAGCGGUGAGGAGGCAAAGGCUGAGGGAGAGAGAGGAGCAGUUGGCGCAAGUAAGUGGAGCAGGGGGCAGCGCGAGUGGUAAAGAGAAGCCAUGUCUGAUGAAGAUGAGUCUGUGGAAGGGGUGGGGGAGGAGGAGGAGGAGGAGGAGAUGAGCGAAGAUUGCCAAUACAUGGAUGAAGGGGACUUGCCACGGGACAUUGGCGACAGUGGUGUCUGGACGCUGUCGUCUUGCAAAGCAGGGUUUGGAAUCCAGCAACUGCGCGACCCAAGCACCACCAUCUACUGGCAGUCGGACGGGCCUCAACCGCACUUGGUGACCAUUGAGUUUCUGCAACGCACAGCGCUUGCUUCGUUUUCCAUCUACGUUGAUUCCACGCUGGAUGAAAGCUACACGCCCAAGACCUUGAGCGUUCGUGUUGGAUCGCACCAUCAUGACCUCCGAGAGGUGAAAGUCGUUAAUCUUCAAGCGGCCGUGCAGGGCUGGAGGAAUAUCACUCUCGCCACACCAACAAAGGGGUAUCGAAAGGUGUUUGUGCUGCAGGUUGCCAUCAUCGCCAAUCACCAGAAUGGACGCGAUACUCAUCUCAGGGCGCUUCGCGUACACCCGCCAGAACAAGACAAACCCAUCAACCAAGGCAGCAUCCUCAACACCAGCAACUUUAUGGACUUUUCCUCAACCAUCCGAUAAUCAGCAUCGAUUGCGACGUGUGUGGGUGUGUGUUGUGCGUUAUGUGUGUGUGCGUGUGUUGUUUGCGCUGCUGGUCAGUGCCAUGGCUGUUGGUUCCUCUCAUUUCAGGUGUCGUUGGUAUGUGGUGGCGGUGGACGUUGCAGUCGUCUCGUGAUUUCGCUUCAUGUCAUGCAGUUUCAUGUCCGAGCACCAUGAACAAGUAAACGCUUCCCGGAAACCAUGA